UGUGUUGGCCUCCCCUCUCCGGCACCUUUCUGCCUGGCCUGCACUCACAAUUCCACGCGCGCGCGCGCUCAUCAUGAAACGAUGGCCAUCGCGACCGGCAUCGUUGACGUUGCACAGCCACCCAUCGGUGCAACGCUGCGAACGGCAGCGAACGCAAUUGCAUCCGGUCAUAGGACGUCGAUGAGAAAGGCACCAGGAGCAGCAGCAGCAGCAGCACUAUCAACGGCAGCCGAAAGAUCGGCCAACACUGCGAAGCGUUAAAUUAAAGUGAAGUGUACCGUGAAACCAUCGAUUGAAAUAACACAAAAAAGGCGAGCGAAAGAGCCCCGGGUAGAGUCCUGGUGGUGGGGGGGCCCUUGGUCGGAUAGCACAAUCGGAACUAAUCGGGAACGGGAACGGUGAAAGGCGGGAGUGGACACGUCGGGGUUUCGUUGAGUGGUGAUUGCUUUGCUCACAGAAGACGCGCAGUGGCCGAGAAUGGCAGAACAGGAAACGGAACGGGCAGACGUUAAGGAAACGUUGACAUCCGGUCAGCUGGAGGACCGCGACCGGGUGCGUUGGCCAUCGUUCGUAGCCUCGACACUCGAAGAUGCCGCCGGACUGCCGAUGCAGCAGUGGCUGAAUGGGAGCGAACCGGACUACCAGCUACAACCGAACGGAUUGGAACGCACCGAACUGGUGGGCAACAUGUCGAACGGAACGACAUCCAAUGGCAUGGGGCAGGAAAUCAACAGCUUCUACUUCUACGAGACUGAACAAUUUGCAGUAUUAUGGAUCCUGUUCGUGGUGAUCGUGCUCGGUAACACGGCCGUCCUGGUGACGCUGUUUCUCAACAAAAACCGCAAAUCACGCAUGAAUUUCUUCAUCAAGCAGCUCGCUAUCGCAGAUCUCAGCGUGGGCCUGCUGAGCGUGCUGACGGAUAUCGUGCAGCGGAUAACGAUCUCCUGGUUGGCCGGGAACGUCGCCUGUAAGCUGAUCCGUUUCAUCCAGGUCUGGGUGACGUACGCUUCCACCUACGUGCUCGUGGCCCUCAGCAUCGACCGGUACGAUGCCAUCACGCAUCCGAUGAACUUUUCCGGCUGCUGGAGGCGAGCUCGUAGGCUGGUAGCAGCCGCCUGGGGUUUCAGUGCCGUCUUCUCGUCGCCCAUGUUCUAUCUCUACGAGGAGCGCGUCAUACAGGACCAGUUACAGUGUUGGAUCGACCUGGGUAAUGCAUUCCGGUGGCAGGUGUACAUGUGCUGGGUGUCCGCCUCGCUGUUCGUCAUCCCGGCGUUCAUCAUUUCCGCCUGCUACGUUAUCAUCAUUCGCACCAUCUGGAGCAAGGGUUCGAUGCUGGGACCGCCAGUGCCCGCCGCCCGCCCCACCAACAACGGUACCCCAAUGGUGGGCGCUAUCGGUGUGAACGGUAAUAAACAUCGUGCCCUACGGAACGGGGCCUGUGCCGAGCUGGCCAGCCGACGAGCGAGCUCCCGGGGCAUCAUACCGCGGGCGAAAGUGAAAACGGUCAAGAUGACGAUCGUGAUCGUGAUCGUGUUCGUGCUCUGCUGGUCCCCGUACAUCGUGUUCGAUCUGCUGCAGGUGUUCGAGCAGAUUCCCAAGACGCAAACCAACAUCGCGAUCGCCACGUUCAUUCAGAGUCUUGCGCCGCUCAACUCGGCGGCCAAUCCGCUCAUCUACUGUCUCUUCUCGACGCACUUCGUCCGCACAUUGAAAAGACUUCCACCAUUCCGUUGGCUGCUUUCGUCACCGCUUUGCUGUGCCAGUGAGGAAGAUCGCUCGAACCGGGGCCGCUGUGGUACGAUUUCGAGCGGGACACGGAAUCUGCGCAACCAGAACAGUAGCAGCUCGAUGCGUACCCUGACCACCUCGCUGACCAUCUCGACACGCCGGCCAACGGCCACCAUUACGACGCGCAGUGCGCUCAGCAGCGGUGGCCGGGUAGCAAUCGGUGGUACCAGCGUUGGCGGAGCGGCCAUCGGGGCUGGCGGUGUCACGGGCCGGCUCCUGGUGUAGCGACCCGUGGGUGGGGUGUCACUGCCUAGCAGUGUCCCGCCACCCGGUGCCACCCAGGUUUACCUCGAUACCGAGGGGAAAAUCUUUCUCGUUCACAAGACCGCCCUGCAUCAGCGGCUGGCGUAGACGACCAUGGGCCAAGGGUCGAUACCGAUGCGCGCCCUUUGGCUCCCGGUCCGCGGUGUUUAUCUAGUCAGGAUCCAGAGGUUGAAGGAUCGGAAUGGGAAUCGAGGCAGGAUAGAGAAGGAGAAAAGUACAUUAGGUUAGAAGCUAGCAGCGCCAUCGUCCCAUGACCCCAAUUCGAGUCCACCGGCCCACACGGGCCAGGUGGGAGUGCUCGAAAUGUUUCGAGCAUCGUCAUAAUUCAUUAAGUGCCGCAAGCUAAACUGUACUACGCGCGCUGUGUUUAAACCUCUGUUUGUGCCCACGCUGGAUGGAAGGAGGGAAAUUUCUUUCCUCGCCUCCACAGCCUACUCCAUCAAAUGGUUUAGCAUUCACUGGAAUGUCCUUAGAGCUGGUAUACGUUCUAGUGCCGUAGUAGUAAUGGCCGCAGGCAUAAUUGAAAUCCCCGUUUUCUAAAUCCAAAACCACACCUUGCGCUUAGCAAGGCUAUGCGAUGAGAGGAUCACUGUAAAUACCAGAUAAAGAAGGUUUUUUUAAUGUUGGUUCCGAACAAAUCCUACCCAAUAUCGAGCAAAGUACAGACAAGAGAUAUUUACUUUUAUUUCUUUUUUGUUAAAUAAAUGCAAAAACAAUCCCCUCCGUUUUUUUACGCUAGUAAGAAAGUGAUCAGCGAUCUCUGUUUCGUUCGUACUGGACAGUAUGUGUGGGUGAGUGGUGUAGCGAUAUGUAAUAUGUUGUAAGCAUCUAUUUAAGCGCAUUUGGCAGUGGAACAUAUUGAACAGAAUGAUCGGUUUUUAGAUGAAGCAUUUCGUACUGUAACUAGAUGAUAGAUAACGUAAUGUCCAUUCAGCACAACGAAGAACCCAGGUGUUGCUCAAACCUUAAGCCUACCCGGGCGAGUUUUAGUUUCCAACCCCCCCGGGGGGGUCCACUGUGGGGACGAAUCCGUGACGCGGAGACGCGGUAUAGUAAAUGGAAACCAUCGGUUGAUCUGUUGCUGCUUCGUGUACCAACCUGCGCGUUAGACUGAUCCGGGGGAAUGGUUCUUUGUAUUCUGCAUUUCUCAAAAAACCGGAAUCGACAACUAAG